AUGCCUUCCCUCUGCUGGAUCCUUCUGUUACUUCUGACCCACUGGCCUCAGCUCUGGGCCAGAGCCGCCCCCGAGGACCUGGACACAGUGUAUCCCACGAAAUCAUCUGAAGAUGAAGAUGAGGAUGAGUCUUCUUCGGAGGAGAACAAAUUGUCAAAUGAAUUUUCAACUAGCAAUGAGAAGCUGCAGCCUUUGGCGCCUCAAUGGGUGAUGCCCGAGAAGAUGGAGAAGCAGCUUCAUGCUGUUCCUGCCAGUCGGACGGUAAAGUUUCGAUGCCAAGCCAUUGGGAAUCCUACUCCUUCUCUACGCUGGUACAGAAACGGGAAGGAGUUCAGAAAAGACCAGAGAAUUGGGGGUUUUAAAAUUCGAGAUCACUUGUGGACUUUAAUAAUGGAGUCCGUUGUCCCAUCUGAUAAAGGAAACUACACUUGUGUUGUAGAGAAUGAACACGGCAGCCUCAAACACACAUACCUCCUGGAUGUAGUUGAGCGGUCCCCUCAUAGACCCAUCCUCCAGGCCGGUCUGCCAGCAAACCAAACAGCAGUGACUGGGAGCAAUGUGGAGUUUGUUUGUCGGGUUUUCAGCGACCCGCAGCCGCACAUCCAGUGGCUCAAACACAUCAUAGUGAACGGCAGCAGAGAGGGACCUGACGGACACCCGUAUGUGCUGGUUCUCAAGACUGCGGGUUUAAACACCACUGAUCGUGAAAUGGAGGUCUUGACUUUGAAGAAUGUAACUGUAGACGAUUCUGGAGAGUACACUUGCCUCGCAGGAAACUCCAUUGGCGUCUCACAUCACUCUGCAUGGCUCAAUGUAGUCGAUGACCUACCUCCUUCGCCUGUGCCUUCUCAGACAUACUUGGAAAUCUUCAUCUACUGCCUUGGGUUCUUUAUUAUCAUCAUGCUUAUUGCCACAGCCAUUAUAUGCAGAGUGUGCUGUGCUCCCAAAAACAGUGACUUCAAAAGCCAGUUAGCCGUGCAGAAGCUAGCUAAAAGCAUUCCUCUGAGGAGACAGGUGUCUGUGGACUCAGCCUCUUUUCAGUCGGGAAAGUUUUUGCUUCGACAUUCUCGCUUGUCCAGUGCAGGGACCAGUCUCCUGUCUGGAGUCCUGGAGUAUGAACUGCCAUAUGAUCCAGCCUGGGAGCUGCCCCGAAACAGACUUAGCCUGGGAAAGCCUUUAGGAGAAGGCUGUUUUGGGCAGGUUGUGCUAGCUGAAGCUGUCGGCAUCGAUAAAAACAAACCUACACGUGUUACAAAGGUGGCUGUAAAAAUGCUCAAAGCCGAUGCUACGGAAAAGGACUUGUCUGACCUGAUCGCUGAAAUGGAAAUGAUGAAGGUGAUUGGUAAACACAAAAACAUCAUCAACUUGUUGGGAGCCUGCACUCAAGAUGGCCCAUUAUACGUACUGGUAGAGUAUGCGGAGCAGGGGAACCUAAGGGAGUACUUGCGUGCUCUGCGGCCUGCCGGGCUGGAGUACUGGAGCGGCCCGAGACACACAAACUUAGGUAGUUUGGAGAUCAGGGAGUUGGUAUCUGCUGCCUACCAGGUGGCGAGAGGGAUGGCAUAUCUCGCAUCAAAAAAGUGUAUUCACAGAGAUCUGGCUGCAAGAAAUGUUCUCAUCACAGAAGAUAACGUGAUGAAGAUUGCUGACUUUGGUCUCGCCCGGGAUAUCCAUCACAUCGACUACUACAAAAAAACAACAAAUGGCCGUUUACCAGUGAAAUGGAUGGCACCAGAGGCUUUAUUCGACCGUAUUUACACCCAUCAAAGUGACGUGUGGUCUUUUGGGGUCUUGCUGUGGGAAAUCUUCACCCUCGGGGGGUCUCCCUAUCCUGGAGUGCCAGUGGAGGAACUCUUUAAGCUGCUGAAGGAGGGUCAUCGCAUGGAAAAGCCCUCCGCAUGUACCCAGGAUAUGUAUCAAACGAUGAGGGACUGCUGGCACGCGGUCCCCUCGCACAGGCCAACUUUCCAACAGCUGGUGGACGACUUAGACCACAUGCUCUCUCUCAUGGCUGACCAGGAGUACUUGGAUCUUUCGGCCCCCACAGUGCAGUACUCUCCAAUCCGCGCGGACACAUAA